AUGAACACAGACAGCUCGCGCUCCCAUCUGGUGCGCGCCUCAAUCCUGUGCAAGAACAGGCUGACCUCCCAGAGCCACCAGGGCAAGAUCAUCAUCUGCGACCUCGCGGGGUCGGAGCGCCUGAAGAAGUCGGAGUCGACCGGCGAGAGGCAGAGGGAGGCCAUCGAGAUCAAUAAGUCGCUGACUGCCUUAGGGGAUGUCAUCGAGGCCCUCACGAAGGGCCACAGGGUCAUACCCUACAGGAACCACAAGCUCACGCAGAUACUGCAGGACUCCCUGGGGGGCUCCGCCAAGGUCCUGAUGUUCGUGAACUGCUCCCCUGCCAGCUGCAACUACGAGGAUCGAACGCUCAUGUCCCUGAAGUACGCCACCCGCGCCAAAAACAUCAUCAACACCUACGGGGGGGCUGGACCGCGGCCGCAGCAGCACCCCGCGGGGCUCGACGCCCCCCCGCGCAGGGGCGGCCCGGAGUGCAACGCCCGCGAGAAAAGCGUGCUGUCACCGCGGCUUUCUGCCCGCUGA